UCAAAUGCAGACCUCUAAGGAACCACAGGUGCUCUCUGCCACUAGACAGCUCCAGAAGGAUGGUUCUGACCUACCGGCCUACGAUGCCCUCGCCCAGAUCCUCUCUGAAUACCAGCACCUCCUCAAAAAGCCCAAAGCUCCUCAAGAGAGCAGAGGAGAACCAAGAGAACAGAAGAAGAGCCAGAAGUCAUCACAGCUCAACCAAACAUUUGAAAUCCUUUCUCCACAUGAGGGACUCCCAGUGUCAAAUGUUCAAGACAGUGACCCACAUGUUGCAGAGAUCACCGAACACCAAAUAAAAGAAGUGGAGAACUACCGUACUGCAAUGUGUAAGAUGGCUGAGGACAUCCUUGCUCUGCGCUCUCAGUUAGCCAGUCUGGAGGCGGAGAACAGCCAGCUGCGCACUGAGCUCUCCCUGCACCAGGACCUGGGCCGCACCCUGCUGGACGACACAGACAUUGAUGUUAUGACCAAGACUGAGAUCACAGACAGAAUUAUUUCCCUGAAGGUCAAGUUGGCCAGUGAGAGCAGUAAAGCAGCAGAACAGAGGGAGAAGAUCCAGCGGCUUCAGAAUGAGCUCAUCAGGAAGAAUGACAGCGAGAAGGAGUUAGUGCGGCUACAGCAGGCUCACCAACAGCAGCAGGCCGUACUGCAGCGUUAUCAGGAACGCAUUAGGAAACUUGCAGGCCUGGAGGCCACAGUCCACCAGCAGGAGAAGGUUAUUGAAAGGAUGGAAAAGUUGCUGGACACAAAGCUGAGGGAAAGAAAUAAAGAAAAUGCACAGAGGAAGAAGGCAGUCUUAAAACACAAAGGUGAAGAGGAGAGUAAGAGGAAAGAGAUUGAGUCUGUGCUAGCAGCAGAGAACACUCGCCUCAGAGAGGAGCUGGAAAGACUCCGCCAUCAGCCACCUGCUGUUCUUAUACAACAACCUGCUCAAUUGCAGCAGCCAUUUUCAGACAGUGAGAAGCUGAGACUUUUGGGGCAGUUAGAGAGAGCAGAGGCCUACAUCCACACACUGGAAAAACAGCUGGAGGAGAACACCAGGCAGUGGGGGAAAGAAAAGCAGGAGAUGUUGAUCAGACUCAGUGAAUACGACCAUGGAUUCAUUCGCACAUCAACCUUGAUCCUGCAUGACCAGCCACCGAAAGAUGUUUCCGAACCUGUUAUGAGACAUGUACGUCACAAGCAGCUGGAUCCCUUGAAGUGACCAUGGUCCAUGUCACAGUAAAAUAUUUUCUUAAUGAUAAAACAAGAAUGUGUUUUUGAAAAGUGAAAUCAAAUUUCAAUGUUUGCCCUUCUAUCAUUUUUACUUCUGAUGUAUUUUGUGUUUCAUAGAGAGACUGUGUAGUAAUUUAUUAAAGUAUGUCUUAAUGGUACAAAGACAAAUUAAAACA